GGACUGUUCUAAAGAAAGAGAGAUUCUUUCCCACUCCAACCUUAUGGUGAAUGUAAAUUCCGUGAAGAAAAAAGGUGUCACACGUAACAAUUCACUUUCCUUACCCCUCCUCCAAUCUUAUAACAGGAAAAAAAAAGGAAAAAUCAUCCAAAUAAAAGCAAUAUCUUCAUUCCCCCUUUUCCCCCUUCAAACUGCGUUCCUCUCUCCUAAACCCCGUCUCCGCAAUUAACUUACUUUUGACUUUCCCAUCUCCACAUCCAUACCUAGCUAUAAUCAGAAAAUCCCAACAUGACUGCCCAAGCCUAUCUCGAACGAUAUAAACAGUUGACGUCAAUAGAAGACAUAAAGAACAACUUGAUUGAGGAACUAUUGCAACGUGUAACGGAGCUGGAAGAUGCAUAUCAGCAAGAGCGGCUGGACCAUGAGCGCGAGACGCGCUUUAAUCGGGACAUCCAGCUCCACGAGAUGGAGUUAAUGGAUCAGAUAUCAAGAAUUAAAGCUAUUAUGGACCGGGAACCUUUCAUAGUUGUACUCCUCGACGGGGGCGGAAUAAUCUUCAAGGACGAAUAUCUACAACAAGGAGAGCAAGGUGGACAAAAUGCGGCGGAGAAACUCCAUUCAGCCUUGCAGGACUAUGUCUUCGGCAAUUUCCCGACUAUCAACUCACCUAAGAUUAUAACAAAGAUGUAUACCAAUGUGAAGGGGCUAAGCGAUCUCUGCCUUCGGGGCGGCGUCACAACUGAGCCUUCUUUGGUCGACGAUUUUGUUAGGGGCUUCAACGCUAGUUAUCCACUCUUUGAUCUAGUCGAUAUCGGGGCUGGGAAAGAGAGUGCCCACGAUAAGAUCGGAGAGGCUUUCAGAUUAAAUCUAUACAACUGCCAUUGUCACCAGAUUUUCCUCGGUUGUUCGCAGGAUAGCGCAUAUGCCCAAAUUCUGGAAGACACACUGGCCGAUAGAGACCUCAUAGGACGAGUUUCACUGAUCGAGGGCCUUCCCUUGGCAAGUGACCUCGACUUAAUAAAAACAUCGUACAGAGUGACCAGAUUCUCGGAUCUUUUUCGAGAUACGAAGAUAUCUGUAUGGGCCCCGUGGAAAGCUACCGUGGCUAGCAAACCUCGUUCUCUCCUCACACCGUCGCCCAUUCAAAAUAUAACACUUUCGCGAACAUCGACCAACACCACGACAACAAGUAACAGUGUGCCCAUAUCUUCUUCUACGAAUACGCCCUGCUCCGGGGAGUUCCAGGUUGUACGGUCUAAAUCCUCGGCCCCGGCACCUCCUAAAAUCGUGGGACGAAACAAGUACGGCCAGCGGGUAGACCGGCUUGACUUCAAGAGCAUCCCUCGUGAUGAGGUAAAUCGCAUUAAGAAACUGAAGCUGUGCAACUUUUACUAUUUACAAGGCGAAUGCCCUAAUGACAACUGCCAUCACGAUCAUUCACGAAAAUUGACUAGGGCCGAACAUGUUGUGCUGACGGCUAUCGCCCGCAUGACUCCAUGUCGCUAUGGGCUGGAGUGUGAUGAUCCCGAGUGUAUGUAUGGGCAUCGCUGCCCUCAGAGUGAACCUGGUAGGAAGGACUGUUAUUGGGGCUCGAGUUGUCGAUUCGACGCUUCGGCGCACGGGAUCGACACCAACAUUGUCAAAGUGACAAAGGUCUAAUAUCACCAUCUGUCUCGCUCAUGGUGCGAAUCCCGUAAUAUCAGCAGUCCUUGAGUUGCAGGGCUCACCACUCUUGAGACUAAGCAGAAAUUGCUCUGGGGCACUGAGAGAUUAUCAUUAACUACUCUUCCCUUCAGUGUCGGCGUUCUAUCUCUUUUAGUCCCCCUGCAUCUAAGCCUAUUUCCGGCCUAUAGAGAUGAGUUUCGGGAUUGAUAUAUAUAUAUAUAUAUAUAUAUAUUGCCGCCUUAAUUGGACGGACUGUAUUUAUCCAAGAAUGAGUUUUUCUACGUUCUGCAUUCACACCAGGGACGACGUCGUCAUCUGGUAGAUGCAGUUGUAUUCG